AGGGGGUUGAUUCUAUCAAAGCUUCAUAGGCCACCACCAGUUACCUCCAAUCAGGUUGGUCCUGUCCAAUCAAAUUUGCAGUCUGUCUAGGGCCAGGAAACCAAGAAAUCCUCAGAGUCUAGGUCCCCAUCUUGUCUUGUGGCCCUGCUGGCUUGGUUGGCUGGGCUUGAUGGGCCCCCUGCCAAGCCGGACUGGCUUGGAGCAUUAGAGCAAGGGGCUUUAGCAUGUAUCAGGUUUUGUCUGCUCAUAUUUGGUACCUAGGGGUUUUACUCUCUUUUUUUGUGAUGGCACUGCCAUUCUACACUGAACUUCGGUCUCUGUACGUAGCUCCUUACAGCAUGGCUCAUACAUCACAAGCUGCAGUUGUGAAUCUUUGAAAAUGAGCCUCCAUCUUCACCAAUGCGUCUGUGGUCGGGAAGCAAGAAUAUGGACAAUACCACGGAUAUAGUGGAGGACCUGGAUAUCUUCUAUGUCCGACAGCUUGCCAUCAGCUUGCAGGAUUAUGAGCUCCAAAGAAAGAUCGACCUGGAGAUUAAGAUGAGGGAAGGGACCAGGAAGCUGCUAGCAGCCUGCAACCGGGAGCUGCACCUGCUGGAGGCUGCCAAGGCCCUCCUGGUCUCCAACACCCGCGUCCUAGCCUACAUGUCGGAGCUGCAGAGGCGCAAGACGGCCCAGUACGUGCAGGAGAAGAACAAAAAGAAAGGGUCAUCACGAGGGGUCUCGGCAAGCAGCGGUAGCUCAGAAGGGAGCGGGAGUGAGUGUGGGAGCAGGCCAGCAUGUAAAGGAAAGAUUGCCGUUUCAGACAUCAGGAUUCCACUCUUCUGGAAGGAUGUUGACCACAUAAAGAAUCGUGGAGACCAUCACCGGUAUGCCAUCUUCUGUCUCCUCAAGAUUGGUACAGAAAUCAACAGCACCCAGCUGGUUACCAACGUGGACAGGACAGCAACAGAUGUGACUUUUGAAGACUCGUUUGUUUUUGAAAACGUCUCUCCAGAUUUCCAGUUUACCUUUGAAGUCUAUUCCUACAACCUCCACGACGACAUGACCAUGGCGAGCACACCGCAGAAGCUGCGUCGGAAGAUCAACUCCUUCUCCAACAGUGUCGGGAAAACAGUGGGGCGAAAACUGCAGGGGAGCUUGUCCACAGGGUCUAGUGAGGAAUCCGCUAAUCCGGAGGAGACACCCAGGUUCCGUCUCGUCGCCCAGGCCAACCUCACAGUGGACGACAUCAAUCCAGUCACCAAGACUCAUGAUUUGAGUCUGGAAACUGAUGACACUGCACGUUCUCACUGCCUUCCUCUCUUUGGCAAUUUUUGCUGUCGAUUGGCCGCCCAGCCCAGUUGCAUGGCACAGAUUCUGUGUCAGGGUAUUCUUCACCUACAGGAGAAUCAGGCUGGUCUCGCCAAUUGGCGGAGGAAUCUCUGGGGAGUGUUGCGGGAUGGACACCUGAAGGUCUGGGACAAGGCAGAGGAUAUGUCAAUCAACGCUGAUCCCAUUCACACUAUUCCAGUCUCCAAGGACACAGUUGUCAGUCUUUCAACAGAGUCCAGUGCAACCAACCCUCAUGUUUUAGAAGUCAGUCGGCAGGAGGGCGAAGAGCGCCACCACCUGGCUGCUGAGAGUCAAGGGGAACUGGAGAGGUGGCGUAGUUCCCUGGAGCAACUAAUUGUUGAUCAAGGAGCCUGGCUGGAUGCCUGUCACACCUCAGUAGACAUCCUUGCCACUGAGCCUAGGAGACCGUCAAUGGACUCCGAUCGCACCGGGUCCCUCUACGAUGAAAUGUCCAUAAGUACAGACCUGACAAGCCAAGAUGAAUCUGACGAUGAGAGCGUGUUUACAGACUCGCCUGCUAUGAAUCUCAGACCGAGGCCGCUCGUCGCCAACACAAAAACAUUCAAGAAACCAAUAUUCACUAUUCCAAAAAUCCUGGUGCGAAGGGAAACCAAUGUUUAAAUUUUUUUGCAACAUGCUGUUUUUUUAUUGUAGAUAAAAUGGGAAGCAACCAUAAAAUACAAUACCGGUUUAAAAAAUCAAAAAUUGAGGCUUUUUUAGCACUCCACAGAAUGAAUGGAAAAAUUAUGCGAAUACGUAGAAUGGAAACAAGUUUAGUCUGAGGACAAAGUAAUUUUGUUAAUUUAUUCACAUGAUAUAAUUACCAGGAAAUGGUAAGUUUGUCAAAUAAAUAUAUUUUGUUUGUACCAAAAAAUAAUUUUUCAAUCAGUUAAUUUAAUCAUCAGUGAAAACAUCAAUCAAAAACAAGAAACGAUAAGUGUAUAUUUUCAGGUCCAGAGCCGCCGUUGUAGAAAUCUGCAACUAUUUAUUUUAAAAAGGGGAAAAGUCAUGUCUUUCAUAUAUUGGAAAACCAGGUGUUUUGUUUAAAAUAAUGAAUGCAUGUACUUUGAAUGAAACAAAAAGAUUGUUGUAAAAUGUGGGAGGAUUCUUUGGGUGGAGCUUGGGGAGGGGGAUGACCUUUUAUUCGAAUGGUCAGGUGCCCCACCCCGGACACCACUUCCAGAAUUUACAAAGAAUUUCAGGUCAGAAAAAUGAAAACAUCGUUUAUGGCUUCAUUUGGGAACUUUGGCUGGGAGGAUUAUUUUUCUGCCUCAACCUGCGGAGUAAAGACGGAGUAUUGAUGACUUUUCUUGACAGACAACAUUCUUACUGUAGUGAUUGAUAUUUAAGAAAAUAUUCCCUGGAAAUUUGUUUGGGAAGUUUUCUGGUUGUAGCAUUGUCCAGUCAGCUCGAGACUCCAAAGGGGUCAAACUUGUAGAUUCUAUGCUGAACAAAUUCAGAGUAAAUUUUAUGCCUACAAAGUUGCCUUGAAAAUUUUUUACUUUUCUUCAAGAGGUUGGAUUCCCGACAAGAUUUUUUGUAUUUAUUCUAUCACCUCAAAAAACAAUGGAAGAGGGGGGCUACUUUUUUAACAAAAUAUGCUAUUGUAUGUGGUCAUGAGUGCAUAUCAGACAAGUGACCUUUUAUCCCAUUCUUGAGUGGUGCUGUAAGUUCCUUGCAAAUGGUAAACUGGCAGAAACACUCUUUAUUUUUAUUAACUCUUUCCUCAUUUGUGAUCCUAGAUUGUAGUUGUCCAAAACACAUCAUCACUUGAAACUUAAGCAGGUAUUAUAUUUUGAUAAAGAGGCUGAUAAGACACAUGAGAUCCCACUGCUCCACGAUUGUUUGCCAGGCACCACUAUUUAUGCAGAUGGAGUUUUGUGUUAAAAAUAUGAAAUUCCAUUUUUUUUCCAAUUGAUUAGCCAUUUGUUGUAAGUAUAUAUAUUCUUGAGGCUGUACUUGUGUCUUAAACAAAAUUGAAGAAAUCAUACAAUUAGACAUUUUAGUUAUUUGAAAAGUCCACAAACCUUUGGGUUAAAAAUUGCAUGCUUAUAAAAUUCAUUAAGAAAUUUACAUAAAAUUUUUAUUUACAAAUUUACAUAAAAAGGUCUGUUGAAAUUUUAUGCUUUAUUCCCCCCCCUCCACAAAAGUUAGAUCCAUUGAACUUUUAAUUUUUUGGUCUUAAAUGUUCCAACCAAGCAUGAACAAUUGUGUCCACAUUUUAUGACCUUAGUCUUAAGAAAAUUCAAGUAUGGAGUUGUAGUUGGUCCCAACUUGACACCAAAUUAUAACUAAGCAUUGGAUGAUGUCUGUAAUGCAUUCCCUUAUAGGAGUAUUUAUUUGCUGAUAGCGUGGAAAGCAUUUUAAUCCAUUUGCCAUGUGAAAAAAAGGUUUUCCACAUUUAUCCAGAAGACUUUUAUCCGAUAUUUAUUAUCAGUUGAUAUUUUACUGUAAAAACCGUACAACCAUUUAUGUUACCUUACCUUAAAUUAGUGCCGUAGUGUGCAUUUUAUUUAUCCACAUGUAUACAUUAUUUUACUGUUCUCAAAACCACAGUUUUAAUAACUUAUCCCAGGAGCUAUCCCGGGAGCUGAAAUUAAUUUUUCUUACCCAUCAAACUUGAUUUAUUAUGCAUUAUACACAUUGUAAUUGUAAGUAUUUAAUCAAAGAUGCAUAACCAAUUAAAAUGUUAAUC